GCCACCUUCCCUCCGCCCGGCCCUGCGCUGCGCUGCCCGGGUCCUGCGGGCCGCUUGGUCCCAGACCCAGGCCCGGCAGCGGGGCUGGCAUCGCUGGGGGAGCCGUCCGCUAGCGGGAGCCCCGCGGGCGGGGGCCGGCAGCGCGACCCGCUGGCGCCGGGACACCUGCAAGCACAGACGUGUCCACAGAAACUGGGGAAGACCCAAUGUACCCUGAGACCAGAGAGACCUUGCUUCUGCUCUGCUCACCUCCAAGGCCAAGGGCUCCAUAGCCGCUCCUCCCUCACACCGUGUCUGUAGCCAGGAGCGUCCAGACUCAGGGGACCCCUUUCUCCUGGACCUUGGAACUAUGAACCUUUGGAGGUGACCUAGGAGAGAAGGGAUGCAACCUUUUGGUCCUCCAGAUGAGCGUCCCCUCCGAGGACUUGUGGAGUCCCGCAUUGAGACUUAUGGGGGCCAGCAUCGGGCUUCGGCCCAGAGUACUGGCAGCAAUCUCUAUGCCCGAAGAGGCCUCGUGCUGGAUCCCGGUCGCCUACGCCUCCAGGACUAUGUCCCCUUUGCCAAGAGCUCUGGCCAGACCCGAAUCCUGUCUCCCAUGAAGUUUCGAGAACCAGAGCCUGAGAAAAGGCUUGGAAGCCCUUUUGGGGCUGGCCCACCUCACUCCCCCAAACUCAAGGAAGUCACCAAGGCCCAUGAGCUGGAGAUGAGGCUGUAUACGUUCAGCAUGUUUGGGAUGCCCCGCCUGCCUCCUGAGGACCGGCGGCACUGGGAGAUAGGAAAGGGCAGCGACAGCGACCUGACCAUUGAGAAGUCCUGGAAGGAGCUGGUGCCUGGGCACAAGGAGAUGAGCCGGGAGCUUUGCCACCAACAGGAAGCACUCUGGGAGCUACUGACCACAGAACUGACCUACAUUCGAAUGCUCAAGAUCAUGACCGAUCUCCUAGCCGCUGGUUUGCUGAACUUGCAGCGAGUAGGGCUGCUGAUAGAAGUGUCAGCUGAGACCCUGUUCGGAAAUGUCCCCAGCCUGAUUCGAGCCCACCGGAGCUUUUGGGAAGAGGUGCUGGGGCCUACCCUGGGGAAGACUCGAGCCUCUGGCCAGCCUCUGGACCCUGUCAGCCUGCAGGACGGUUUCCUGGCGAUCAGCCAGCGGUUCCAGCCCUAUGUCCAGUACUGCCUGAGAGUGAAGCAGACCAUGGCUUACGCCCGGGAGCAGCAAGACAAUAACCCUCUCUUCCGUACCUUCGUGCAGUGGUGUGAGAAGCACAAGCGCUCGGGGAGGCAGAUGCUGGGUGACUUACUCAUCAAGCCCCACCAGCGCAUCACCAAGUACCCACUGCUGCUACAGGCCGUGCUCAAGAGGACCCCUGAGGCACAAGCCCGCCAGGCCUUGAACGACAUGAUCACAGCUGUGGAGUCGUUCCUGCAACACAUCAAUAAGCAGGUCCGCCAGGGCGAAGAUCAGGAGAAUUUGGUGGCGGCAGCCCAGCGCAUUGGGCCCUAUGAGGUGCUGGAGCCGUCCAGUGAGGAGAUGGAGAAGAACCUGCGUCCUUUCUCCAACCUGGACUUGAUGUCCCCCAUGCUGGGGGUUGCUCCUGAGCACACCAGGCAGCUGCUGCUGGAGGGACCUGCGAGAGUGAAGGAGGGGCGAGAAGGGAAGCUGGACGUGUACCUGUUCCUCUUCUCUGACGUGCUCCUGGUGACCAAGCCUCAACGCAGGGCGGACAAAGCCAAGGUUAUCCGCCCCCCCUUCAUGCUGGAGAAGCUUGUGUGUCGACCACUCCGGGACCCUAACAGCUUUCUGGCGAUCCACCUCACUGACUUCCAGUGCGUCUCCAGUGCCCUCAUCGUGCACUGUCCCAGCGCUGCAGACCGUGCCCAGUGGCUGGAGAAGACCCAGCAGGCCCAGCAUGUCUUUCCUGUUAUCCCUGCUGAGAAAACCUCUGGGUUACUGGAGAGGCUUUGGGGUGGCCGGGGGCCCUUCAAACAGCCCCAGCCCCUGGUGUCUGAGGUCCCUGCCUCCCUGCUUCUUCCUGGGGCAGGGCCAGGAGCAAGGGUGAUGGUCGCCCUGCAAAAGCUAAAGGCACAGGAAUAUGUCCAACAGAAGAGGGAACUCCUGGCCCUCUACAGGGACCAGGACCAGGAGUCUCUGAGCACCAGGCCCUCCACGCCUUCCCCAGAGGGCUCUCAGAGCAGCGUGGAGGGGAGGAAUUCUGAGUUCUGCACCAUCAUCCCCCACCUGGUGGUGACGGACGACACGGAUGAAGACAUCCCCUUGGUACCAGAUGACACCUCAGACUCUGGCUACAGCACUCUGAUCCCAGUCUCCCCCAAGGAUUCCCACUCCCCACUGAGCCGGCUGCGCCCAUGGGCCCUUCGGCGGCACCCCGGCUUCACCCUCUCCGCCCUGGACCUCCGGGAUGUUACUUUGCGCCCCCAGCCUCCUGACCCCCAAGCUCCCCAGCGCCGAAGCACCCCUGAACUGCCAGGGGAAGUUAUCCGAAGAGGAAGCAGCCUUCCCAGGGGAGAGCGGCCCGCCUGGUCUGAGGAAGAAGAUGGGACCUCGGUGGGAGGGAACGUGGUAGUGGAGACCUUGCAUAGGGCCCAGCUUCGGGGGCAGCUCCCACACUCCUCGACCCACACUGACUCUGCUGGGGAAAGCCCCUGGGCGUCCUCAGAGGACGAGGAAGAAGAGGGGCCCCUCUUCCGGAGACCCUCCCCGGGCCCCCUCAGUGCUGAGGACAUGCUCAGAGAGAUCCGGGAGGAGCUGGCCAGCCAAAGGAUCGAGGGCAGCCCGGAGCCUGGGGACAGCGGGCCUCGGAAGCUGACUCGGGUCCAAUUGCAGAGGAUGCGUGGGCCCCACAUCAUACGGCUGGACACCCCCGUGUCCACAUCAGAGGUGUGAGGAACACGCAGGACCUUUGGUUUGGCAUUGCUUCCCGAGGACAUCUCUCUCCCAAGAGUGCUGGUCACCACCACCCCGCCCCCCAGGACUGCACCUCAAGGUCCACACUCCCCAUGAGGAAGCCUGGCCCGGGAUACCCCGGGCUCCCUGCUCUAAGAACUCUGGGCAUCGAGCGCUGUACAUUGUGUACCAUAGACACCGGAGCCCCACAUAAAGUUGUGCAUAAAAAUGA